AUGACCAAAGAAAUCCCUAAUGCUCAAAUCCUUAGAGAACUACUGGAAAAAUAUACUCAAAAGGAAUUGGCUAACAAAUUUAGAGUAAAUGAAAAAACCAUUCGUAGACAUCUUAAACCCUCUAACCAAGAAAGACAAAAAAGAGGAGUUAAAGAAAAAAUAUUUGGUAUGGUUGAAACAAAAUUGCUCUCUUUUACUGCUUAUCGUUCAGAAGAUAACACCCUAACUCAGCAAGAAAUGGUUGAUCGU